CCCCGCUCCUCCUCCAGCUAGGGCCCUAGAAACGACCAUGUUCCCAAACCUUGCUUCCAGGACCUAAAAGGGUCACUCUCUUACAAUGCGUUAAUUAGGAACAAUGUGUCUCCCAAUGAAAGCUCUAAAAAGGGUGAGGUGUAGCCCACGAAGAGCAGUUCGGUGUGUUCUAGCCUGUUUCCCCGCCUCGCCCCACGUCAGGCUUCUACGAUCGCGUCCAACCCGCUAACCCAACCUUUUCCCCGCUCCUCCCAGCGACCACCCAUUGUCCCCGUGGCUGUCACGGUGCGGACGCCGAGCUCGCGACUGGAAAGGCAGGGCGACAUUCAGCCUCGCGCUUUUCCAAGCCUUAAAAGGUCUACGGCCGCUUCCUGCAGCGAGCAGCAGCGUUUGACGUCAUCGUGCGUGUGGUGCCCCUGCUGCCGGGGCUAGUGAUUGGAGGAAACCCCGUGUCUGCGGAGCGGCUGUAGCCUGUGAGCAGCCAGAUCAGGGACAGAGUCUCAGCCUCGCCGCCACCACCGCCGCCGCCGCCCAGAGACUGCCGAGCCGGGUCCGUGUGCCGCCACCCACUCCGGACACAGAAUAUCCAGUUAUGGAUAAAAAUGAGCUGGUGCAGAAGGCCAAGCUGGCCGAGCAGGCAGAGCGAUAUGAUGACAUGGCAGCCUGCAUGAAGUCUGUCACUGAGCAAGGAGCAGAGCUGUCAAAUGAGGAGAGGAACCUUCUCUCUGUUGCUUAUAAAAACGUUGUAGGAGCCCGUAGGUCAUCUUGGAGGGUCGUCUCAAGUAUUGAGCAGAAGACGGAAGGUGCUGAGAAAAAGCAGCAGAUGGCUCGAGAAUACAGAGAGAAGAUCGAGACCGAGCUGCGAGACAUCUGCAACGAUGUACUGUCUCUUUUGGAAAAGUUCUUGAUCCCCAAUGCUUCGCAACCUGAAAGCAAGGUCUUCUAUUUGAAAAUGAAGGGUGACUACUACCGUUACUUGGCCGAGGUUGCUGCUGGUGAUGACAAGAAAGGAAUUGUGGACCAGUCACAGCAAGCAUACCAAGAAGCAUUUGAAAUCAGCAAAAAGGAGAUGCAGCCGACACACCCCAUCAGACUGGGUCUGGCCCUCAACUUCUCUGUGUUCUACUAUGAGAUCCUGAACUCCCCAGAGAAAGCCUGCUCUCUUGCAAAAACAGCUUUCGAUGAAGCCAUUGCUGAACUUGAUACAUUAAGUGAAGAGUCGUACAAAGACAGCACGCUAAUAAUGCAGUUACUGAGAGACAACUUGACAUUGUGGACAUCGGAUACCCAAGGAGACGAAGCAGAAGCAGGAGAAGGAGGGGAAAAUUAACCGGCCUUCCAACCUUUGUCUGCCUCAUUCUAAAAUUUACACAGUAGACCAUUUGUCAUCCAUGCUGUCCCACAGAUAGUUUUUUGUUUACGAUUUAUGACAGGUUUAUGUUACUUCUAUUUGAAUUUCUAUAUUUCCCACGUGGUUUUUAUGUUUUCAUAUUAGGGGAGCAGAGCCAGUUAACUUCAGGGAGUUACUCGUUUUCAUCUUGAGGUGGCCAAUAUGGGGUGUGGAAUUGUCACAUGAGUUACACAUGUUUGGCAUAGUACUUGUGGUACAUUGUGGCUUCAGAAGGGCCAGUGUUAAAACUGCUUCCAUGUCUAAGCAAAGAAAACUGCCUACAUAUUGGUGCGUGCUGGCGGGAAUAAACCGGAAACGGGUUCCAGUCAUGAGUGUAGUCUUUGUGGGUACUGUAAGGCUUGGAGCACUUGUGAGGCUGUGACACAAACAUCCUGUGGAUGCACACUAGGAUCCUGUGUCUCUGUGUGCACACCCUUGACCACAGCUCCAGAAGUCGUCUCUAGACAAAGUUGUGACCCAAUUUCUCUGAUAAGGGCAGAAACGGUUCACAUUCCAUUAUUUGUAAAGUUACCUGCUGUUUGCUUUCAUUAUUUUUGCUACACAUUUUAUUUGUAUUUAAAUGUUUUAGGCAAUCUAAGAACAAAUGUAAAAGUGAAGACGCAGUAAAAAUGAGUUGCUUGGUGUUCCCGGCUCCGUGCGUAUCAAGCACAGCGGUAAACAAAAUCCCAUGUAUUUAACUUUUUUUUUUUUUUUUUUUUUUUUUUUAGGUUUUUUGUUUUGUUUUGCUUUUGUGAUUUUUUUUUUCUUUUUGAUACUUGCCUAACAUGCAUGUGCUGUAAAAAUAGUUAACAGGGAAAUAACUUGAGAUGACGGCUAGCUUUGUUUUAAUGUCUUAUGAAAUUUUCAUGAACAAUCCAAGCAUAAUUGUUAAGAACACAUGUAUUAAAGUUCAUGUAAGUGGAAUAAAAGUUUUAUGAAUGGACUUUUCAACUACUUUUCUCUACAGCUUUUCAUGUAAAUUAGUCUUUUGGUUUUGAGACUUCUCUAAAGGAAAUUGUCUCCUUAUUCCCUCUUGGCAGCUAAUGGGCUUUCACCAAUUUUGAAUCCAAAGUUUAUCAUAACAAAGACCGAUAAUGUAGCUUCCAUUCUCAGCCAAGUCCCACAUUCUUCCCCUUACUCCCUCUCAACAAUUGAAGUGGACUUUUGUGGGGGGCGGGGGGGGUGGUGAUUGGCAAAAGGUAAUGUGUUCCAUUUAAAAUUUUAGUCGAUGGCGUUUUCUAACUUAGGAAGCCACAAUGUUCUUGGCCCAUGUGACACUGGGCGUUAACUGUUAAGUUUUGUGCUUCCAAGUCGCUGUUGGUUUUAAGAAUUUCCUGAUGCUCUUACAGCCUGCCUGGGAUUCCAGUCCUCUAUUUCCACGUUGGGCACAGGCUUACUUCCCUUUUACUGUCUUGUCACCAACCAUUCCAACUUGGUGGCCAUGUAUUUGGGAAAAGGCCGCAUGAUCUUUCUGGCUCCACUAAGUGUCUAAGAUACCUGCUUCCUCUGCUUGCAUCCCACAGCCUCCCUCAGCCUCUCCUGCAGCCCAGCUCUCCUCAGUUGAGCUUGUGUUUAUCUUCCUGGAAAUCCUGCCCUGAAUGGUCUGUCAUCGUCUCCCUUUAAAAUCCUUCCUCUUCCUCUUCUCACAUAAUGAUGGGGCUAAGUCACACCCAAAGCCCACCCUACCGAGUAUUUCCUCAGUACUUUACAGAAAACACCAAACAAAAAUGCCAUUUUACAAGAGGUGUAUUUUUUUUUCUUUUAGAAUGUAAGCUCCUCCAGAGCAGGGACAAUGUUUUCUGUAUGUUCUAUUGUGCCUAGUACACUGUAAAUGCUCAAUAAAUAUUGAUGAUGGGAGGCA